AACUGGGGGGACCUAAUAAAGAGGAGUUCUAAAGUGAAGCUGGUGGGUGGUGUCGUCUGUUGUUGUCUCUCGCUCUUCAGAAGGUUUAUACUGAACGGUAAAACUGAACAUGGUGUCAGAAGUGGGAUAGGAGUAAGUUCUCCAACGUUUUGUGUUUCAAUACCACUGGCGAAGUAAAUAAAACAAAACGGACAAAAACUGGGUUACCGCACGGUGGGUGCUUGGACCCCUAUAAUCGCCAUUUGAUACCCGCGAGUUUGGGGGGGCAUAUCCAAGCGGUUCAGCAUUACAGCGCGGCAGCAUGAGCCUGUUCCAAGUCCCACCACCGGAUACAUUGGAGGGUGCACUGACUGCAGCCUGCGGGAAGGCGGAGUUGGACGUCCAGCGCGUCCAGUCCCGCCCACUUUGUCCACGUCACGCCUCGUCAGUCUCGCGAGCUUGACGGUCACGCCUCAUCAGUCUCGCGAGCUUGUCCUGUUGAUGACACCACAAGAGGACCUUCUUCCGCUCCCACUGCUUGUACUUGCACAGAAUCUACUGCUCCUACAUCUUCUUCUCCAACUCCUCCUCCACCUGUUAUUCCUCUACCACUGGUUCCUGAUUCUCUUCCUCCAACUUCUCCUCAGCCUACUGAUGCUUUACCACCACAGAAACCACCCAGACUCUGUGGACAGAGGCAGCACACUGUCAUGUGUAUUCAUUGUGGAAUAGAGAUAAACAAACGUAACUUAAGGGUACAUCUACUGAGGAAACAUACUGACAAUAAGAAGGAUAUAACCGCACAGCAUCAUCUUAGUUGUGAGUGUGUUGAUGCUACGAAUGGCAUUUUUGCCGUAGCAAAGUCAUUUACAGGCCCCAAUACACCUAUUCACGUCAUUAAAAAGAAUUGGGGUAUGAAUCAGCAAACAAGAUGUGAAAUGGAUCUGUGUAGGAUCAACUCAGAAUUUGCACAAAGAAGUAACUUACAUCCAUUUGAGUGUCAGCAUGUUAAGUCCCUCACCUAUUGCCCACCUGCUAAAAUUUAUUCUCCUACUCUUGAAGAGGAUACUUUGACGGAAAUGGUUCAUGAUAAGUGGUUUGGGAAUGAUAAAAAGAAUCUAUGUCUGCAACGGCAAAGAGAGGCAAAUAAUGGACGAGCCCCUCUGUCAUGCCAGGUUACAGUAGGUGGGCCUCCAUCAAAAAGAUUUAUUUCUGUGUUUGAGCCGAACAUUUCUUAUUAUAGCAGGUUAGGUAGAGGGCUUUUUUCCUUUGACACAAAGAGGAUUGAAUGGCACUGCCCAUGUGCAAAGUCUAGGCAGUCUUGCAUUCACAAAUGCAUUGCAAAGUGGCAUCUGUUUCAGACGGAACAGAUGCUUUUCAGACGUGUUCGGAUAGUGGAAGAUGAUAUCCAGGAAGUAUUUACAGAAGGUACAGAGGAUGUGGAAGAACAGCAACUGGAUGAAGGGCCACGGUAUCCACCGGAAGAUGCACAACUCUCACGAAUGGUGCACUAUAUCUUCAAAAACAAGAAGCUUCCUGCAGUUCUCCCUGCUGAUGUAGCCAAUGCAAGAAAUGUUUUCCCAAAGCACUUGGUUCCAUUGGAGACCAUUUGCACAGAAUGCACAGAAAACACUCUACUUAGUGAACCUCAGCUUAUCACUUCAAAAGCAACAAUCUUGACUAUGACAGAUGUCAUUGAAGGGAUUUCAACAUACUGCAAGUGCUGCUACAGGUGUGGUAUGAUCUAUCGCUACCAGGAAUGGUCUGAUGGAGUUCACAACUAUGAUGACCACAUACUUCUGUCCUUGCAUCUCUGUAUCUUCCUUCGCAACAGUCUCCAAACUCACCAGGCUAUUGGAAGUGCUGUAGAAGCAUUAGAGAAGACGUGUGGUAAAAGAUUUCCAUCACAUCAAAGAGUGUUGUAUGCGUAUCUCCAUUUUGAGGCCCUGACAGAUCACUCGUACACUUUUGCAUGUGUAACGUGUGGUUACCAUCCUGUAACAGUUGUCAUGGACCUUCAUAAAAAGGGAGUCUUUAGUAUGCCUGUGAGCAACAUUGAGGUACCACCUCAGGAUUUUGAUGGGAAAGUCAAUGCUGAAGAGUUUUGGGAAGGGGUAUCAUUGGAAAUGAUCAGUCGUGGCUUGGUGCCAAGCAAUAGACAAAACCCAUUUGUGGUUUGUCCAAGCUACCAUUACUGGGCCCCAUGGAUUGGUUGCCACACAAGAAGCACCAGUAUGGUCUUAAACACAGAGUACAGUAAAGUCCAUACAGCCCGCACUCCAGAUGAAGCAUCUGACUUCAACAUCACAGAGGACCGUCUCACAGACGAGAUUCUUAAACUUAAGAUGGAAGCUGUGCGUAGUUUAUGCAAGCAGUGUGGCAUAGACUCCAAGGGCUCCAGAAUGGACUUAGUUAUGAGGUUGCGCCAAGAAAUGCAAACCCGAGGAACAUAUGACAAAAUCUUUUCUAAGGUCUGGGGAGCAUCUGGUGGAUGGGCUGUGGUUACCUGUCCCUGUGCUAUUGUGUACGCCGUAAAAUUUAACCUAAGGGCAGAGAGCCCAAGAGAUUUUGCAGACAUUCUAUUAUCAAUGACUCAUUUCCCCAAUCUGACAUUGUAUGAUUUUGCCAGAGGGCUGGCAACCCAUACAAAUCUGAGGGAGCCAGAGUCUAUGCCUUUUAGCCCCUAUGAGGGCAGGCUGCUUGAACCAACAGACAACAAUGUCAGACUGGCUUCAGCAGGGCAGAUUAAAGUGAGUUUGCCUUGGCUGACAAGUAAAAAGGUUGUACCUGAUGAAAAUGGUCACCCCCUGACAGGGUCAUCAGAGCAUUAUGCUCUAUAUGACCGCUUCCAUGAGGCAAACACAAAAGACAAAAAGGAUGCUUUGCGCAAAAUAGAACUUAUUCCAGAGGUAUGUGGCUGGGUCAAUAGCCAGUGUGCUGAGCAGCUUUUUGCUGGCAUGAGGAAGAACAAUCACUUCCUUAACAUGAUGACUCCCACAUCACAUAUAUUUUUAGUGCGAAAUAUUUUGCACCACUACAACAAUGCACGCAACACAAAGACUCUUGAAGAGAUGAAGAAAGCAUUACAUGUUGGAAUGGAAAUAGAGUUCAAUUCAAGGGGACAGACAGUAAUGGAGCAGCAGCAGCGGCCCCUGGAGUGUCCACAGCAGCAGCAGCAGCAGCAGCAGCGGCCCCUGGUGUGUCCAGAGCAUCAGCCACCCCUGGAGUGUCCAGAGCAGCAGCAGCGGCCCCUGGUGUGUCCAGAGCAUCAGCCACCCCUGGAGUGUCCAGAGCAGCAGCAGCGGCCCCUGGUGUGUCCAGAGCAUCAGCGGCCCCUGGAGUGUCCAGAGCAUCAGCAGCGGCCCCUGGAAUGUCCACAGCAGCAGCAGCGGCGGCCCCUGGUGUGUCCAGAGCAUCAGCGGCCCCUGGAGUGUCCAGAGCAGCAGCAGCGGCCCCUGGUGUGUCCAGAGCAUCAGCGGCCCCUGGAGUGUCCAGAGCAGCAGCGGCGGCCCCUGGUGUGUCCAGAGCAUCAGCGGCCCCUGGAGUGUCCAGAGCAGCAGCAGCGGCCCCUGGUGUGUCCAGAGCAUCAGCGGCCCCUGGAGUGUCCAGAGCAUCAGCAGCGGCCCCUGGAAUGUCCACAGCAGCAGCAGCGGCGGCGGACCCUGGUGUGUCCGCAGCAGCAGCAGCAGCGGCGGCCCCUGGAGUGUCCAGAGCAGCAGCAGCGGCCCCUGGUGUGUCCAGAGCAUCAGCGAACCCUGGAGUGUCCACAACAUCAGCAGGGGCCCCUGGUGUGUCCGCAGAAGCAAUAUCGGCCCCUGGUUUGUCCGUAGCAGAAGCAGCACCUGUUGUAUCCAUAGUACCUCAAAUAGCACCAAAAUCUGUGGCAAACUGUUGGAGACUGACACACUUAGACCAUAUAUGUGCCAGCAGGAAUAUCUGGGACUUCAAACUUCACAAAGGACUGGAGACAC